UUUAUUGACGGUAACGUUACCGUCAAAGCUUUAACAAAUUAAAGGAACUAAUAAAAAAAACCUAAACAAAUUUAAUAUAUACAUUGAGGGUCGAAAACUACAGCAAUAAUGACUUACAGCAACGACGAAGAAAAGAGGGAAGAAGAAAUUACCGGUUAUGUUGAGAGAAGCCUGGCUAAAUUGCGCUCUGAAAAUGCUGCAAGCGCUGCAAGAAUCGCUAAUAUGAAGAGACAAAUGGAGAUGCUGAUGGCUGAGAAGUACGAAACCUUGAGCUUCUUAAGCCAUUUUAACACAGCUCAUAAUGUUCUAUCCGAAAUUCGGGAUCUGAGUGCUAAACAGGAAUAUAUCUUGGCUUUGCUCAACCGGCAGAUUGGUGAAAAGAACAACUUUUGUCAGGCCUAUUCGAACCACUGCAAGGAAAUCAUAAAGGCCAGGGAGGCUCUAAAAUCUGAGAGUCCCUACGACGAGUUUACCGCGAUGUCGUACAACGAAUUAAAGAAACGCAUUAUUGACACACAGAAAGAGAGGCGCGAGAUAAGCACCAAGAUCUUAACAAAGUCCAAUGAGCUGAUAACCAAAAAAAAAAAAUUAUUUAUCAAAAAAAAAUCUUUGGCAAAUGACUUACGUGCUAUUAAAAAUGUCGAACGGGAUGCCAUUGAAAUUGUCGAUGACUUGGAAUGGGAACUAUCCCUUCGCCGCAACACCAAGUAAUUUUAACUUUAAGACAAAUUUUUCUCAAUACUUGAAAUCGCGAAGAAUUGGUUUUGAUUUUAAAAAAAGAAAGAUACAAUUGUUUUCAACAACUGGAUUUUUUAAUAAAUAACACGUUCAAAUAUA